AUGACAUUCCCAACUCCUCAAGGCCGCUCAUCUCCCAUGUUCAAUCAUCCCCCUCUAGACGGCUCGUUGACGUUCCCAGAGAUAGUAGACUACAAUGCUGAGCAUAGUCCAAACCAUCCGCUAUUUCGAUAUGAGGAUCCCGAUACCGAGGACGUUUGCAUGAUUCUCUGGAGCGAAGGCAUCGCAGCCUUUCACACUGCUGGCCAAUACAUCAAGAAAUACCUCUAUGACGAUGAGAGUCCUAUUGUGAUCAGCAUUUUGGCAAAUGCAAAUACCCUUAUGUUCUUUGCGACAAUUCUCGGUAUCAUGUGCCUGGGCCACAUGCUGUUCGCCAUCUCCAUCUGGAACUCGGUCCCUGCAGUCAUGCACCUCAUGAAAGCCACCAAUUCUAAGUAUUUCGUCGUCACCCCGGAUGGUCCAGUGCAGAAGAUUGUUGACAUUGUUUGCCGCCAAAACGACGACAAGAAAAUCACCACCACCAUCCCAAUGCCCACAUUCAGCGAAAUCUUCAUCGGGUCCUAUGAGCCACUUCUGCCGUUCAAGCAGCCUGACUGGAAGUCGACGGCGUUUAUUAUGCACUCGUCAGAAACCACAUGGUUCCCUUCUUCGAUCCUUCAGAGUCACGAAGCGAUGGUGCGUGUUCCUUGUGCUCUGGUUUUCCCAUAUUAUACAUCUCCUUUUUCAGAUGACAGUGAGGUGGACCUCUGCGGUGAAGUCAUCACUACACAAUCAUGUCCAAUGUACCAUAUGCUCGGGUUCUGGACAGCCUCACUUAGUAUCGGGGUGGGUGCCAUCACUGCUUAUUUCCCUCCACACCAGCCAGCCAUUAUCCCUACCGCUGAUCAUUUCUUGUCCAGCAUUAUGAAGAUGAAAUGCACUUAUAUUUUCUCUGUCCUCUCUUUCCUUGAACAAUGGGCACAUGAUCCUGCUGCUAUUCAGGCUCUGACAGUGGUGACAAAAGGAGUAAAAGAUGCUGGUGAUUUAUUAUCCCAUAAUAGAGUCAACUUAAUUUCAGCAUUUGGACUAAUGGAGAUUGGAGGGGUCUCAGUCAUCUUUGCUAAAUUUGUGCCACAGAAAGGCUGGGAAUGGAUGAGACUUGCUAGGAAUCUUGAGGCCACCUUCGUACCUACUGAAGAAAGAGAUAUCUAUCGAUUGUUCAUCAAGAAAUCGGCAUUCUGCACACUGACAGUUUUGAACUCUGACAUAGACAGUGUCCUGGUGUUCGACACGAAGGAUCUAGCCCCAUUGGUAAAAUCUCCCAUUUGCUGUUACAUGGUUCUAACAUCACCCUGUGUUGUAGAAGCAGCUUUACUAAGUGAUAAAUGCAUUUCGGGAGCUGUCAUAUUUGGACGAGGGGGAUUCCAGCCAGGUGUACUCAUACAGCCUUCUGCAGAAUAUGUCUUUGAUCUGAAGGAUACAAAGCGUCUGGUGGAGUAUCGGUCCCUUAUCUGGAGAGUGAUUCUAAAAGCAUACAAGCAGGAAAUACAAGACAUGUAUAAAGCUGUCGAUGCAGCGUCUCCAGAUAUACCCAUACCACAGAUGCUCACAUUGAAAAUAGCCACUAAUGUCGUUCGCGAUAUCGUCAAAGGCACAUUGCAAGAAGACAUUGUCAUGCUGCGGAAAUCCCAUAUGCCAGUGGGGGUCAUCAGAUCGCUGCUACCUAAUUUUGUGUUUGAUCUGCCCACGAUCGUGGCACUCGGUGUUUUUGUUCACGAGAUCAUAUUGGGAGCGAGCACCAUUGGUGAACGGAACGAUAUUUCGAAGGAGGCUGAGCCAUACUAUCCCGAAGCCAAUGCAGUCCCUAAUCAAGGACAAACUAUUGUCAAGCCUCGUGAAGGAAACAAACCACCACUUAUUAUGAUUCAUGAUCAGUUCUGUGCUGGAGGCUUUUUCUUUGAAUAUGCAUCUUACACUGAGAACAUUCUCCUCACUGUAUUGGUCAAGCUAUUCGAAGAUCAGAGGGACACAGUCCUGCAAGCUGUAAUGCUCGAUCAUUUCCCCACAUCAUUCGUUCACUUUGCGAAUAAGUCUGGGAACCCAGACUCUAGGAUUCCGGCGAACUUGAAGGUGAUCCUCAACCGUGGUAUUGAAGCGAUCGGCGGACUGAUGAACAGGGAUGCUAAUUGGGAGUCACUCAAUUUCUUUAAGAUCGGGGUUUAUAAUCUCAAAACAUAUAUUACCGCCACCGCUGAGUUUGUUUAUGACCUGACUACUGAUAGUGAUGGCCGAGCUUCGAUGGAAGCUAUGGCCCCCAUCAUUGUUGUUGUUGCCCAAGAAGAGGCUCUUGCGUCAUUUGCAAAGGAAGAUCGGGAGGAGUGGGUGGAUCUUGGGGUGAAGAGAUGUCUACCAGAUGCGUGGGUGGUCUCUGUGAGUGAAGGGCAUUAUGAGUUUCUUACAGAUGAUAUGGUGAUUCAGGUUCUGCAGGAGGGGUACUAA